CUCAAACCCAUUAGGAUGACAGCAAAAUAGCCGAAUCACAACAAAAUUGUCGAUACAGCAGACCACUACCGCUGGUAGUGCAGUGUAAAGUCAUUUUAAUGUCAAUUUGACGUCUCACGUUGGCAAGGCAAAAACAAAGAAGUCACGAAUUUUCAGCAGUGAAAGAAAAUCGCUUAUUAUAGAAAACCAGAAAAACAAAAUAUUUUACUAAGAAAAUUGGUUUUUAUGAUUCACUUUGGUGAAAAGUACAAAAAGUUCUUUGAAUGCAGUGUACCCCGACACGAGAGUGAUUUAGAAAUCUGUAGCGGAUUAUUGAUUUCUGCAAGCGCUAGCGAAACAACAAACGGACGUGGUGGCAGCAGCAGCAGUCGUUGCAGUGGUUGGCUGGUGAGCAGCGACAAGUGGACAAAACAGUGGCAAAGCCACAAGCAAUGUAAAGGUGUCGACAACAAAAACACGCAUUGAGCUACUAGUUUGUUUACGGUGCGGAGUGCGGUUCAGGGGAUACGAAAGUUUUAAACAUCGCAGUUACCAAAUUGCAAUCGAGAAAACAGCCAACAAAGAAAAUAGUAGCGCGAUUUUAUCGCCCCGUGAUCUUCAACAAAUAAUUUAGAUACUUAAGUUGACGUGUUCAAGUGUGACAAACUCUGUGUUUGUGCACUUCAUUUACAGAACAGCUGUUGGCGUAUUGAACGUUUCCACUCAGCUUACAUUCCAUCAAUUAAUUUAUUGCACCCACAAUUGCCACCUACGCAGCGAUGUCAAACAUGUUCAGCAUAACCAAUAUCAAGAAUCGCUUUAUUUCGGUUAUCGCCCCGGAUAUACCGCCGCUGCCAUCAGUUCCCAGCCACCAACUACAUCGUGGAGGUCCUUCGUCAAACUACCAGCUGCGAAUGGUGCAUCAACAGAAAAUGCCCGACAAAUUCGCAUAUGCUCGUCCACCAUUUCUACAGCUUUUGACAAUCGAUGAGUUGCGUGCCUCGGCCGAUCACAAUGUACGCCCUAUCAUUGUGCCACGCGACAUCAAUUUGCUACCAUGGGGCACUGGCUAUGCUGAGUGUGUCAAUUCCGGCAAAUCGGAGUGGAAUGAAGACCAGGCUGCCUUUUCCAGGCAAGUACUUUCCGACCCAACACAUUGCCAUCCCGAUUUACCAUACACAUACUAUGGCAUUUUUGAUGGACACGCUGGUUAUGGUGCCGCUCUAGCUGCUUCGCAUCAAUUCCACCACAUUUUGCAUGAAAAAUUGGUGGACUGCAUUGAACUACUGCUUCCUCGCGAAGAGGAAAUGGCAAAUGCAAAGGCAGAUAGUGGCUUUCCGCACCCCAGUCAAUUUCAUAGACGCGUUUACAAGGAUGAGCUCAUCAUUGGCGCACUGGAGAGCGCUUUCUUCAAUAUGGAUGCGUUGAUUGCACAGGAUCGCGAUAGAUAUCGAGAUGCUGGCGGCUGUACCGCUUGCGUUGCGUUGUUCAUCAAUGGUAAGCUGUUUGUGGCAAACGCUGGUGACAGUCGUGCAGUAUUGUGUCAACGUAAAAGUGCAUCCGCGCUUGAUGAAAAACACAAAUCAGCUGCAAGCAUAGUAGCAGUGAAUAGCGCCGAAAAUAAUGCAGAUACACAGGAAAUAUUUGCUGUGCCUUUCUCAUUUGACCACACUCCGGAGACGGAACGACAUCGACUACUUACUGUAGCACGCUUGAAACCACAUUUGAUGGAGAAACAGUACGCCGCAAUGGAAUAUGCCAAGCGACCCCAUAUGAAGGAUUUGGGCCAACGCAUCCUUUGCCGCCAGGGUACAAUGAAAGGUUGGACUUAUAAAACGUUGACGCGCGAAGAUUUACGCAUGCCGGUGGUGACGGGAGAAGGAAAGCGUAGUCGAUUGCUGGGAACAUUGGGUGUUACACGCGGCUUUGGAGAUCAUGAUCUCUUGGCCAUCAACACAGGCACACAAAUAAAACCGUUUCUCACGCCACAUCCUGAAGUGGUUAUACGCGAUCUUUCCAAAAUCGUCAGCAUUCCAGAUGAGAAUAAUGAGGAUGGUGAUUAUGGCAUUCUGGUUAUGGCCACCGACGGGCUAUGGGACGUAUCUGAGAAUGAAGCUGUAGCGCGCACCGUUUUCCAAACACUCGCCAAAUACCCCACAGAAAAGCACCGUUACACAAUGGUGGCACAAGAGUUGGUGGCGCGAGCGCGUGGUAAAAUAAACGAUUCCGGUCAUUGGCGCCUGGCCGAUAGCAAAGCUGCUGCCACAGUGGAUGAUAUCUCAGUGAUUGUGAUACCAGUGUAUCAGUAUUAUAAAGAACACGUUGAAUGGGAGAAGAAGUGUGCCCAAGUGCUACAGGAGCGGCGGGCCAAAGUGACACCUAGUGCUACCGAGGCGUGCGAGGAUGAAACGUUAUUGGUUAAUGGCGUCACAAAGGCACAAGUUGAAGCAGAACACGAAGAGGAUGAGGAGGAAGAAGUAGUUGUAGAAGUAAAUAGACAAAAGGCACAAGCUGACGUCGAGAUGGAAGAGAACGUAAGUGACGAACGAGCGCAGUUGGCGAACAUUACUACACCAACAACAACAAGUAAUAAUGAGGAGAUAGCAGUCGAAAAAGAUGUAAAGGAGUUAAUUGAAAACGAGCUGGCAGCCGCUAUAUCUGCCCUGGAUGCUACUGAAAGUGCAGAAUAUGAUAGAAAAGAUAAAACAGGAACGUCUGCGACCGUGCCGGAGAAUGCAAACAAACAGAAGCAACCACAGCACCAACAACAACAUCAUCGCAAUCGUAAUCGCAAAGAUAAACGUUGAAGAAUCAAAAGCGUACGCUUGUUUAGCGUACAAAUUUUAUACUAAAUUCAACAAUUAGUACGUAGUAAAUAAAUUUAACUAGUAAAAACAAACGCACUUAAAUAAUAUUCAAUGUAAGGAAAUAGAAAAAGAGGGAACUUGAAAAAUGUUGACGUGUAGUGAAAGUUGCGCUGUGUUGCGGAAGUGAGUUUUUUCGAGGGAAAUUUCUUAAAUCAUUACCAGAAAUAAAUAAAUUAUAAAUAUUCGAUAUAAGCAUAUACUAAUUUAUUUUAUUUACGUAUACUUUGUAACUUAUGGCCGCAUUCAAUCAAGGUGACCAAACACUGACCCUAGCCACAUACCAUUUCCAAACGAAUGCGAAAAUUUGUACUGAGCGGAUAUAAAAGUAAUUAAUAAAAGUGAAAUUAACACUUGAAUGUGCGCAAAAAAUAUAAAAAUUUGCAGGAUAAAAACAAAUGAAUAGAAACUUUAUUAUUGUUCAAAUGAAAAUGUAAUAAUUCAUUAUUUUCGAAAAUAAAAUAAAAUUUUUUUUUGCAAACAAU